AUGCCGACCCCGCUAAAACACCACGCCGCAGGGCAAAGACAAGGGUAUCAGGACGAUAGCCCUAAGGGGGGAGGUAAUAUUACAAUCACUAAAGAAGACCGCAGGACAGCAGCAGGAAACAACGAGAACAAAGGUGAUGCUGAUCUGGCAAGGCUAGUAAGCAUUCGCUCGGGCUCACGCAGCCCAACACCACGUAACAGGGCCCCGCAGAAAGAAGGACUUGGCGGGACCCCAGGGUCACGUGACGAGGUCCAGCAUACGAGCAAGGUCCCAGGGACCCCGAUGGGUCCCGGGACCCCGAUGGCUUGGCGGGACCCCAACGAGGAAUCGGAAGACCAUAAAGGGUGGGACGAUUGGUAUAUAGUCCCGGACAUUCUCUAA